AUGCCAGUGCGAACGGGGCUGGCAAGAAUGGGAACAGGGCUUGCAAUCUAUCUGCACUACCUGGACGUGGAGUAUGAUAUCCAUCUAGGAACUUUGCUGGCGGUGUGGACGACGCAUAUUUCGCCCAUCAAACCGCCAUCCAAAACUGGAGUAUUGAGGAUUAAGACAAGCAUAUGCCCUGAAACGGAUAGGUGGUGUUGUGUGCGUGUUCUGAAGAAUGAUUUGGGGGAAGUUGGGCGCGUUCCUGGUGACCUCACUGGGUUGACGAGGCUGAAAGAUGUGGCGAUGGCGGGAGCCGGCGAUGGAGUAAAGGUUUUGGUGUAUGUGAAGGCUAUAGGAAUAACUCAGCAAGCUAGCCAACCUCAGAAGCGCGGGGAGCUCAUCGAACGGUGCGAUAUCGGCAUUGCAGAUGAUUCUGGGGAAGCUAUACUCACUUUGAAGGGAUAUCUCACCCGCUCAGCACGGAAAUGGGUGCCCAAUUCUACCAUUUUGUUACUCAGCGACGUGUUCUGGGGCUCGGGUACAAGGCGUGCGUACGUCUCUGCGCAGAGCACGGUGGAGGUGGAUCCGGAUAUGAAGGACGCGGACUGGCUUAGGAGGUAUUCAAAGGGGAUGGCGGGGUACGUGAAUGAGAGGUUUCCGGAGAAUGGGCGGGUUAGUGCAAGGGUCACUCCUGAGGUCGUGUUCAUGGGCUAUGUCUGCGUGAUGAUUAUGGAAGUGAAUCUGGUAGAGUUGUUUAGGAAUAACCGUCUCUUCUACACAGAAUGUUGCAACAUGCCGAUAUUUGCUAGUAGCACACACGGCCAAUGCGGCCAGUGCGAGCAAGAUAUUGAACUCAAAUUGAACCCGCGGAUUAUCGGGUCACUCGCGGAUGAAACAGGUUGCAUUUCCUGCACCCCAUUCCAAACCAGCCCUGCGAAGAAACAAUCUCUGGCGAUCCGGGGAUCAUCGCCACUCCUCUGGUCACCGACUGCGUGGUCGCAACUCCUCGGGCGCGAGCCAGCAGCAUUGCUUCAAGGAAGAGAUGCAGCGCAAGUGGGGCAGGAGUUGCUGGUGCUGGAGACUCUGAUGCUUUUCUCGAGGAUCACGGUGUUGUUCGGGUGGAGUAGAGAAGUUGGGAAGUUGGCUGUCUGUGAAGUCUUGGGAAGUUGA